AUGCCGAGUGAGAUGGAUCAAGCGAAUCAGGCACCCACGCAUUUCGGCCAAACGCUUGGGAAGGCUGAUUUUGCACAACGGCCUAUGUCAUUACGUAAAUUUUUGGAACCAUUCGAUCACACUAUUUUAACGGACUAUGAAGCCGGUGAAAAGUAUGCUGCUUACAAACUCAGCUUCGCUAAACAGCAGUUGGAGGAUUUCUUUGAGAAAAACAAAAAUCACGCCUGGUUUCGCGAGAAAUAUCACCCAGAUGUCAAACCAGACCCGAGUUUACAGCGGAGGCUGUGCGAGCACCGCCUGAGAAUUUUUAUGCAGUUGUACCACGACGGCCAUCUCUCCGAUAUUUCCUUGAAUGGUUCAAAUGAUGCGACGAUCGUGAAGUUCUUGGAUACAGUUGCGAUCAAGUUGGCUGGAGGCACUGAUGAGGAUGUACGAUUCUUGGAUGAAUUUAAGUAUGCGAAAACGUCAUCCAAGCUGGUUUCGACAAACUCUGCCGUCGCUGUGCGUACGAAAGAGGCAUCAGACGCAAACAAUAUUCCAGCCAAGUCUCCAUCCACCUUACCAGUUGAGAUUUCUGACCAUGAGGGCACACCUAAACGAAAGCCGCGCAUCAGUGCUCACGAUCCUUCCACUGAACGUCGUCCCAAGGCUGCUAAACAGAAAUCGCGGCGUCAACGGCGUCAGACUAAGAAAGUUAAAGAUGGAGCUGAAGACGCUUCCAGUACUGACCGCAGUAGCAGUCGUAGUGGCAGCGCGAGUAGCAGCGGAAGCAGUAGCGGCGACGGUGCGGGCGGUGAUGGUAGCAGCAGCAGCAGUAGUAGUAGCAGCUCUAGUGGGACCGAUAGCGAGAGUGCUAGCUCUCAACACAGUGGCAGUAGCUCAGACAGUGAUUCUAGUGGAUCUAGUGAAAGCGAGGAGGAGGUUGAUAGUAGCGCAAGUGAAAAUAAGAGCGAGGUGGAGCGAAAGGUGCGUCGACGUCACCCUAAUGUUCCGGACCAAUCAACCGCAGGCAAGCGUACGAAAAAGACUUCACAAAACGUUCGCCGCACUCACCGAAACUCAUCGUCCAGCUCAGGCGCCAGUAGCGCACGCAGCAGCAUUAGCCCGAAUCAGUCCUCCUCCACUAGGCUUAGGCGUGGGCCUGUUUCUAAUCUGGAAGAUGAAAUGAAACCUUCGAGAAACCCUAAGGUUCAUGCGGACCCGACCGACUCGAUCCAAACCAAACAAUCUUCAGGAAACGUGAUGACCGUCGAACAGGAAUUUGUCCUGGAAGAGGACCCAGAACUACAGCAAGUUCGAAAACUGCCAUUCCACCAUACACGUGUUCUUUAUUUCCCUCACAUCCCAUUCACCGUCUACCAGAAGGACUUGAUCGCGCUUUUUUCAACCUCUCCUCACUUCCUUCGUCUGGCUGUCUUAGACCCGGUGAUCAUGCCGUCGACCGAUGGCCACGCUGGUCAUGUGAACGAGCCUUUCUUCGGCCCAGAUACGGAUUCUUCCCCAGGCAUAUCCCUUCGUCGUGUCGGAUGGGCCACGUUUGCUGCCCAAACGAAGGAAGGUGACAACCUAGUCAAUGUUGACGUGAAAGCUAUAUGCUCUAAACUUUUGCACCAGGCAACGGAGGCCCAGGCUCCGGAAGACUUGUUGGAAUGCCUCCGGACUGCUAAAGCAUUGCCUGAUCAUCUAAAGCGACUCAAUUCCCACCGAGUAAGAUCUUCCAGUUACUUCAUGACGAAACUGCUGGAGACGUGUCCGGAGCGUUUGUACUCAAAAGGCUUACUCAGACGGCAUUUAGUGCUUGCGGCCAAACUGGCGGACGAGUUGGACAAGGCUCGGGGGUUGUGGAACUCCCAAACAACCAGAGCACCUAUCACCACAAAUGAUGUAAUUGUUGCCGAACCGACGCUGGAUCGUUCAGCUUCCACGGAUGCUGAUGACAGUGAUUCGUCACACCCUGGUCUUGAUGCAGCUGAUGCUAAAGGUGAGGACAGCACAACCAGACAACCUGAGAAAAUGGAUGUCGAAAAAGAGUCCCCCACCUCCAAAGAACCCUUGCCAUUGGAUCCAGGGGAAGAUCUUCUCAAGGCCGCCUCCAUUCUAGGCAGCUUGAUGAGCGAAAACCCACUACUUCAAGGCCUCACUGAUUGUUUAGUAGAUGAGCGAAGCGCAGAAGAGGAAAUUCUUUUAUCGGGAGGUUUCCAGUCAUUAUCUUUCGGCUACAACUAUCCUACCAGCAACACAAAUCCGUCAACAACUGCGCAGUCCAAUAUGGUCGCUUCAGAUGACGACACUGAAAUGUUGCGGAUGCUCGAUCGCCUGGUUCUCUAUCUGCGAGUCGUACAUUCAGUGGAUUUCUACGCACCUGCUAUCUACCCAAACGAGGAUGCGAUGCCACAUCCCUGCCAGAUCAUUCACGUCAGACCCAGUAAAACGGACCUCACAAAGGCGUUGAGUCGUACUAUCUGUGCUAACGCAGCAAUCGCUCCAGCUUUGGACAAAGUUUUCGUUGCCCAGCUAUACCGAUGUAUACGCUUGAUUCGGCCCUUAAAUGAAGCCGAUUGCAAGCGUCUCGGGUUGAGGGAUAUUGAGGAAGUCGUUGAGAACUUUGUGAAGGCUAAUACACGUCGCAAGAAGCGCAAAACAGACGUCAUUUGGGUCUGUCUGUUAUCCGAUAAAAAAUUCCGCGAUCCAAUUUACGUGAGGAAACACAUAAUGAACAAACAUAUGGAGAAGGUGGAAGCUGUGAAAAAGGAUAAUGCAAUCUUCUUCAACAAUUAUCUGUUAGACCCAAUGCGCCCUCAGCUGCCCCUUGAGCCGCACAUUUCUGCGAGAAGACGUCGCUCUACCUCUCGCACAGAGACGGGAACACGCGAGACUGAAACCAAGGAGACGACGCACGAGGCGUCACGUGAACGCUCUGCCUCCGAUCACAUGGGUACUCAGUGGGUUGGGAUGCAACAUGGACGCGAAGGUUAUAACAGGCCAUACUAUCCUCCAUAUCAACCGAGACGUUAUUUCAGCUAUGGCUCCGGUUUUAACAAUCGGCCUUAUGGUCGUGCUUCAUACAUACCACCAAGAUUUCCUUUUCCGAACCAGCGAGGUCGUAAUUACCCAUUUCCUCCCGGUUACGACCAGGCAAGACGAGGAUUCCCACGUCGCCCAUAUGUGGAUUUGGAUGCUCCCUGA